AUGUCCUCAGCCUUCCAAAACACAUCCCUCAACUUAGCCGGUCUCGUAGCCCUCGCAGAUCUCAACACAAUAGCCCUCCGAACAGCCCUCACCGGAACCUCAACCUUCCUCGACGCCCUCGUGCUGGCCCCAGGUCUGCACAGACAACAAAAUUCCCCGGAACUUCACAAAGGCGAAUUCCCUGCUUGUGCGGCCAUGACGAGCGGCUACGUGUUUCGCGUCGAGAAUCCGGCGACGGUGCUGUUUUUGCAGAAAGUGGGUAAGACUGGACACUUGACGACGCUGAGAGUGUAUGCCUCGAGACGAGAUUCACGGACGUCGAGUUUUGGGGGUGCAAUGGCGUAUACUGCUGCCGUAUCGAUGACUCUCACGGUUCUGUUCUGGGUGAUAGUUUCACUACAGGACGGGUGGGGUGUAAGCGUCCUCGGACUCCUGAUUUUCUCUCGCCUGCUCAACAUCAUUGUGAUCCGUCGCAGAUCCGUACCCGGCUGGUUUGGAGCCAAAGAGCCCGGAGUCAAAGGCGAUCUUCUAGUCCUCCUCAGCCAAGAUCGGUGGAUUCGACUGCAAGGCGAUGUUGAUGAUCUCAAAGCCGUGACUUCGGGGCAAUGGUUACGAGAACCUACUUUUUUCGAGAGCUCGCUGGUGGGGUUUGCGACUUUACUGGUGUAUCUCGACGCUGCACUUGCUGGGAACGCAGCUCAGACGAGCAAGCUGCUGCUCCUGAUCCUCCUCUUCGGCUCCGGAGGUCUGCUGGGAAUUGCGAAUGAGUGUACCGAAGUGCUUCAAAUGCAUGGCCGGCUGAUUGAGGUUACCGGCCUGCCGAAAGCAUAUCCAAGACGUCUGGCUCUGGCCGAAGAACUCAUUCUCAAGACCGGCCGCAAGGACUGGGCAGUCCGUGUGGGCAUGGUGCAGCCUGACCACAAAAUAAAAUCAGAGAAGGAGCUAGACGGCGUUGCGACCAUGUGA